AUGUAUACGCGUUUAUCCACAUAUCGGCGCCCAUCGGUGCCGAUCAGGAAAAAGAUUGAAGGAAGAACGAACAAACGGCGAAAGAGCAGUUCCGUGAAAAGAGAGAACGAGUGAGAAGCAAGUGUGUGUGCGUGUGCGUAGAUGUGUGUUGUGUGUGUGCGUACGCGACAGAAAGAGAGUGAGUGAGAGACGACAACGAGAGAAAACGACGAGUGUGUGAAGCGAGGGAACCGAAGAGAGUUGUUCUCGCGCGCGGGAAGCUCGUCGAAUGUGUGUUUGAUCCUUUUUUUUCGUUACGCGUUUUCGUGAAUUAUUUCCCCGACACAUUUGAUCCGGGAACUAAAUCAAACAUCGCGUGUAUUUUCUUCACCCUUGGUGCGUGUGAAACGAAUAAUCGGUAUAUAUGUGUUGUGGUUUUUUUUUUACCGCCGAGAGCCGUGAAUCUGUGCGUAUGUGUGUAUUUGGCAGGUGUGCGAUUACGAUUGAGUGUGCGAAUAUCUGAGGAAAAAUCCUAUCAAAUUCAGCAUAAUGACAGCUUUGACGGAGCAAGCAUCCAAGCUGCUGGAUUUCAACCAGAAGCUGGAUAUAACGCUACUCGACAGCAUGGUGACCUGUAUGUAUGACGGCGUCGGCGAAGAGCAAAGAUUCGCUCAGGAAGUUCUCACAUCUCUCAAAGAGCACCCUGAUGCUUGGACGAGAGUUGACACCAUACUGGAGUACUCGCAGAAUGAAAGCACAAAAUUCUACGCCCUACAAAUUCUUGAGCAAGUGAUCAAGACGCGAUGGAAAGUACUACCGCGAAAUCAGUGCGAAGGUAUAAAAAAGUACAUAGUAUGCCUGAUUAUAAACACGAGCAGCGAUCCCAAAACAAUGGAGGCGUCGCAGGUUUACUUGAACAAGUUAAAUAUGACGCUCGUCCAAGUAUUAAAGCGCGAGUGGCCAAAGAAUUGGGAAUCUUUCAUACGCGACAUCGUAGGAGCGAGCAAGACCAACGAGAGUCUAUGUCAGAACAAUAUGGCCAUACUUAAACUAUUGUCGGAGGAAGUUUUUGAUUUUUCAAUUGGACAAAUGACGCAGAGCAAAGCUAAACAUUUGAAGGACACAAUGUGCAGUGAAUUCUCACAGAUAUUUCAGCUCUGUCAGUUCGUAAUGGACAUGUCGCCUAACGUCCGCCUCGUUGCUGUUACCCUCGAAACGCUACUUAGGUUUCUGAAUUGGAUUCCACUCGGAUACAUUUUCGAAACAAAACUCAUUACAACUCUGAUAUUUAAGUUCUUGAACGUUCCAAUCUUCAGAAACGUGACGUUGAAAUGUCUCACGGAAAUAGCAGCAGUAACCGUCCCGAAUUACGACGAGAUGUUCGUACUCUUGUUCGUGAACACGAUGCAACAAUUGGAACAAAUGUUGUCUCUCGAGACAAACAUACGCGAGGCUUACGCGAUGGGUCAGGAUCAAGAGCAAAAAUUCAUUCAAAACCUCGCUAUGUUCCUUUGCACUUAUCUAAAGGAGCACGGUCAAUUGGUCGAGAAGAAACAGUUGCACGAAGUUCUAAUAAAAGCGUUGCAUUAUCUCGUACUGAUAUCCGAAGUCGAGGACGUCGAAAUAUUCAAAAUAUGCUUGGAAUAUUGGAACAGUCUCGCCGCCGAUCUCUACAAGGAAAAUCCGUUUAUACAAAAUUCACCUUGUUUGUUCAUGCCGAAAAACAGCCUGGCAAUACCGCAGAGAAGAGAAUUCUACUGUCCUGUAUUGACGAAGGUUCGUUACAUCAUGAUAAGCCGAAUGGCCAAGCCCGAAGAAGUUUUGGUCGUGGAAAAUGAGAAUGGUGAAGUCGUACGAGAAUUCAUGAAGGACACGGAUUCUAUUAACUUGUACAAGAACAUGAGAGAAACCCUCGUUUAUCUGACGCAUCUUGAUUAUGUCGAUACAGAGCGAGUCAUGACAGAAAAAUUACAGAAUCAAGUAAACGGCUUGGAAUGGUCUUGGAAGAAUCUUAACACGCUGUGCUGGGCAAUCGGCAGUAUCUCCGGAGCGAUGCACGAAGAGGAUGAGAAACGUUUCCUCGUUACGGUUAUCAAGGAGUUACUGGGUUUGUGCGAGCAGAAAAAAGGGAAAGACAACAAGGCUAUAAUUGCGAGUAACAUCAUGUAUGUCGUUGGACAAUAUCCACGCUUUUUGCGAGCUCACUGGAAAUUCCUGAAGACAGUUGUAAAUAAACUGUUUGAGUUUAUGCACGAGACUCAUGACGGUGUUCAGGACAUGGCUUGCGAUACCUUUAUUAAAAUCGCAAUGAAGUGCAGGCGACACUUUGUUAUGACCCAGGUCGGCGAGGUUAUGCCGUUCAUUGAAAAUAUUCUCCCUACCAUUAGCAGUAUAAUCUGUGAUCUGCAAAUCCAGCAGGUUCACACGUUCUACGAAGCUGUCGGCUACAUGAUCAGUGCCGAGGUCGAUGCCGUCGCGCAGCAAUAUUUAAUCGAGAAAUACAUGGUUUUGCCUAAUCAAGUCUGGGACGACAUUAUCCUUCAAGCGUCCAAGAACGUCGACGUUCUGAAGGAUCAAGAGGCUAUUCAGCAACUAGCGAGUAUUCUCAAAACUAACGUAAGAGCGUGCAAGGCCCUCGGGCAUCCGUAUGUCAUGCAAUUGGGAAGGAUAUAUUUGGACAUGUUGAAUGUUUAUAAGGUUAUGAGUGAGAACAUAAGUGCUGCGAUAGCUUUAAACGGCGAAACAGUGAUGAAUCAACCACUAAUCAAGAGUAUGAGGGUUGUAAAAAAAGAAACGUUGAAGUUAAUAUCGGACUGGGUCAGUAGAUCAAAUGAUCAUGAAAUGGUCUUGGAAAACUUUAUUCCACCGUUGCUUGACGCUGUGUUAUUGGACUACCAAAAGACGAAUGUCCAUUGUGCCCGUGAGCCUGAAGUUCUCAGCGCAAUGGCAACGAUUGUUAACAAGUUACAAGAACACAUUACGAGUGAAGUGCCCAAAAUAUUUGACGCUGUCUUCGAGUGCACCCUCGAGAUGAUAAACAAGGACUUCGAAGAAUUCCCCGAGCACAGGACAAACUUCUUCCUCUUAUUGCAGGCAGUCAAUGGGCACUGUUUCCCUGCGUUUCUCUCGAUACCCCCUGCUCAAUUUAAGCUGGUUCUCGAUUCCAUAAUAUGGGCCUUUAAACACACGAUGAGAAACGUAGCGGACACCGGUUUGCAAAUUCUCCACCAGCUUUUGCAGAAUAUUGAACAACACGAGCAAGCAGCACAGAGUUUCUAUCAAACUUACUUUACAGACAUUCUUCAACACAUAUUCAGUGUCGUGACAGAUACGUCGCAUACGGCAGGUUUAACGAUGCACGCGACAAUUUUGGCUCACAUGUUUACACUUGUCGAAUCGAAUCGGAUUCAGGUGCCUCUUGGUCCUUUACCUGAAAAUACCCUGUACGUUCAAGAGUUCGUUGCGAGAUUGCUCAAAGCAGCGUUCCCACAUUUGUCGGACAGUCAAAUAAAAAUAACGGUGCAAGGAUUGUUUAAUCUCGAUCAGGACAUUCCCGCCUUCAAAGAACAUCUCAGAGACUUCCUCGUCGAAAUUCGAGAGUAUACAGGAGAGGAUGAUUCAGACCUUUAUUUGGACGAGCGUGAAACUGCUCAAAAAAAGGCGCAGAGACAGAAGAGGAAGGAACAAUUGGCGGUACCGGGAAUUCUAAAUCCUCACGAGAUGCCCGAGGAGAUGCAGGACUGAAUCGACAUCGAUAUAAACAAAGAAGCUACGGAAAAAACAACAAAACUACGUGCGUUUAUUUGCGAACUAACGUCGUAGAUACAAUCGUAUCCUUUUGCCUGCAAGCAUCCUCACCACUAAAUCCACGAGAAUCACAAUCGCAACGUAAAACGAAAGAUUCAAUCAUAAACACGAAGACUAUACCACUAUACCGAUACACGUGGCAUUAAUGAUACGACGAAGAACAAAGAGAGAGAGAAAGAGAACAAAGGAAAGCAAAAAAAAAAAGAAAGAGAAAAACAUUGAAGUAAAGCCCAACGAGUGUAAAAUAUAAAUGCCCUUGACCAGGAGGUAAGCCCGAAACGUGGUGACUGUUUGAUUGCUAUAAGAGUUAGAAGAACCUUAAACAAAAUCCAUUAAAAUGAGCAUGAAAAAGCAGAGUAAAACGAAGUUUAUGUUUGUGCAAAAUGUGAGUGCCUGCUUUAUAAUGCUGUUUGAAUGUACCCUAGAAAGACUAUGUUUCUUAUGGAAAAUUAGUCCUUACAAGUACGCGGAUAUGAAAAUUAAACAAAAAAAAAACAAAAAAAGAACAACAAGUAACGCGAUAUAAAAACAGUAGAGUACCAAGCUAUUGAUGAUGAGAGAGGUAUACUGCCAAUAAACUGAUUCUUCUUUUUUUUUUUAUUUUCAAGUAAAUCGUAUAUUUUGGAAGGGCAGAUGAAUUUUUUGUACUUGGUAAGAUGAUUGAUAGACACGAUUGUCCCAAACUAACGAUUGUGCGUUUACGAGAGGAUCAAAGUUACCUCCGUUUGAACAUUCAUGUUCAUGUACAUCUGACGAUAGUCGGUAUCUGUGAUGCGACCUUUGUAUUUCAAUGUUUCCUUCAAAUAACUCCUUAAUUCGAUGAAAGCGAGAUGAACCAGUGAGCACGAGACAAAAGAGCGAACGAGAGAUAGACAUACGUUACUGAUUAACCGUUUAUACAGCUGCCAAUUUACUUUUACAAACCGAGCUUAUGAGACACGAGAAGAGGAAGAGGGCAGAAAAAACAAAAUGCGCAUCCAUCAAAUGGUUUUCCUUUUAAUUCUCAUAUCCUGAAGGGUGCUUCAUAUAUAUAUAUGUAUAAAUAUAUAUCAUUAGUGGGGAGCGUAGCAUUUAUCGAGCUGAAAUAAGGAAAAACAGUACGGGAAUUACGUUAAAAAAAGAAAUACAAACUCGUGGAUUGCUCGCCUUUUUCUUCUUUCAAUUAUGGUACUUGAUGAUUCGUAAUCUGGCAGAAACAGCGUUUUUCAACGUUGAUUCACUCUCAGAACUUGAAACAAAUUUCGCUUGUAGUUUUUCGUUUACUUUUUGCCCCAUUUUUGACAACGCAAACGGUCGCAAAACUUCGAUUUUCGUCUUCGCUGACUAUUCGUGAGGGACGAGAGUGCAAGAGAAUACAUAAAGGGACUUUGUGUGUAUGCGUGUGUAUUUUUUUAACAUGAGCGAAAUUUUGUAUCAUAAAGUAUGUAUGUCCAUUGUCGUUAAACGUGAGUCCUCAUCGAACGGGUAACAUCUCAACGUUGGAUAAUCUUUUUCUUUUCUUUUUUUUCUUCGUUUUUCUUUUCCUGUAAAUUACAUCCAGAUUGGCAAAAUCACUUGUUAUACGUAAUUUUGAAGUUAAUCUUGAUGAUUAAGAUGAAAUUGGUUAUUCAUUAAUAACCAUCUUGAUCACUCAUUGGAUACAGUCUCGAUUGUUAGAAUUGAAAAUAAUAAUAAUUUCGAUUAUGAAUUGAAAAAGUUAUCUUUAAUCUUUGAUUGACCGAUGAUGACCUCAAUAUCCUUCUAACACUUCGGAGAUGAUAUGAGUUGCUCUCAGAUUCGAGCUUGCCUCCCUUCACCAACAACACUCUCAAUUGAAAAUAUUUUAUACAUGGAGUACAUUUGGAUUUGAAGAUUCAGCCUUUUUUCGGGUAUACCGACGUGGCGAUACAAACAAUUGACGAUUUUCCUUAAACUUUGAUACGCCGAUUCCGUUAGACAAAGUUUUAUAAUAGGAAUUUCGAUUCGCAGAGUAGAAAAAAAAUUAUUCAUAGAGAUACACGAAUGGGAAACUUAUCUUUUGGGUAAAUUUCGUUCGUGGCAUCUGAACACAGAUUGGUCGAAUAUGCCAUGAAAAGUCUCAAAAACAAUUGCUUGUUCCAAUUAAAUUUCCAUGCAAAGUUUCUGGGCGGAGACAGAUUUGAAAGAAUUUUCAGAGAAGUGAGCGUCACGGAAAGUGAGAUUCGAUCGAAGCUCCUGACAUCUUUCGUGUCAGGAAUCCCGAGUCUGAAUUCUCAUAAAAUUAUUAUUAGCCCAAUCGGAUCACUUUGAAAAAGUGAAAAACUGAUGGUAUUUUUGAGUACUCCGUGUAUAAAAUGACCAUGGAAAAUUAUGUAUAUUAAUGUAAAUGUAAAGAUUGAUGACGAGUACGAAAACCUUCAUAUUCAAGUGCACAAGGGUGCGGCAGGAUUCGUAAUGGCUUUUUUUAAAUACUUUGCGCCGAGCCGCGAAUGCGGUUUCUGAUUAUUGGAAUAUAUUUCAAGGGUGAAUCAUAAUGUACGAAAAUCGGUAUAGUUACUGGCACAGAGAGCCAAGAAAUUCUUAGUUUAUUGACUUUUGUACUACAUUAUGUCAGGAUUUUUGUCUUUCCUUUCGACACACGAUUGUUCCCAUUUGGAAUCAAACGAUUGUCCGUGGGAUCGAGUCGAAUCAUUUAAACAGAAUUUCUUAUUGUCUCUCUCUCUCCAUUAUUUCGCGUAUAAUUACCCCAUUUUUGUUUUCUUAAUCAACUUCGUUCAUGAAAAAAUACCUCUCGUCGCCUAUUUUUCCCGAUCUCUCUUUUUCCGUUGGACAAAUUGUGAAAUCUAGGUCUCUUUUUUCAUUAAGAUAGUGAUACUCUCGCGCUUUGGUUACUCUAUGGAAUAUAUUUAUACAAUACUGUACUUGUAGUUUGUCAGUAGUUCACCCUUCGCGGUUUCGAGCCAUUACCAAUUUUUUGGGCAUCAUGCGACUCCGAGACUGCGUCGCGGUUACGAGCCACUGGCAAACAAAGCUCUUUCGUGGGUUUAGAUUUAAAAAAACAAAAGUAAAAGAAAACCCAACAAAAGCAACGUCGUUAUGUUAAUUCUCUGUUGUAAGCUAAAUAUUCGUUCGCAACCCAUUCGAUCUUUUUUUUUUUUUUUUUUUUUUCAUUUCUUCUACGUUUUUGACCCUUUUUCAUAAUUUAAGUGGUGGCAAUCCCCUCGUUCUCGUGAUUCUAUCGGGUGAGUAUGUAAUUUACUUGAAACGUCAAAACAUGCCUUUAUAUUUGCUGGUUACGGUGGCAUAUUGUCGAAUCGCCCAACUGUAUUCGUUUUUUAUUUCUUAUCAUCCAUAAAAUCCCCGUUGUUUUAUCGACUAGUUAUCAUAGUAAUUCACGGGCUAUCACAUAUUUUAAUGAAUUUAAACGUUGAUACGAUAUUUACUACCUUACACAACGAUUGACAAUGUGAAGAGUUUGAUCGUGUAUGAGAGAGAGAGAGAGAGAGAGAGAGAGAGAGAAAGAGAGCAAGAAAAAUGAAGAAGAAUGUGAAAUGUAAAUAAAUGUUGGCCGGUGGCUAAUGAGUACACAGCUGAGAGAGUAAGAAAAAUAUGAUGCGUAUGAAAUGUUUAUGCCAUAGAUAGACAUGGGAAAAACAAAAGAAUGAGCUGCUCGGCUUUUAUGAAAGAAAUAUAGACGAAAGCAACAAUGGAUACACGUUAACACAUGGGGAAAAACAUACUAAAAGUAGAGAGGCAGCAGUUUUAUACGAGGCAUUCAAAGUAUUAACGAACGACUGAUCUUAAAAAUUUUUCUCAAAUACAGUGAAAACGUAUGACACGUUGAACCGGAAGCUUCUAUUUUUAUGUUUCUCCGACGACUUCUCGUCGAAGAUUUUUUUCAAGCAUUUUGUACAUUUGAAUUUUUAGAAGAAUAGUAAAAUCGUAUUUUCAUCAAUAAACUUUGAAUAUUUGAUUAAUAAAUUCAUUAUUUUGGAGCAACAUUGAUCAAUUGAAAGAUAAAAAAAGAAACUUCGAUACAAAUUCGUUCGAUUGAAAAUCGAUAUUUCGACGAAAAUGAUCAAUUAGGGUGAACAGAGAACGUUUAAUGACAUAAAAUUUUCCUAAAAUCAAUUAUACACCGAAAUCAAUUUGCUAACUCGGAUCUUCUUUUCCUCCAAUCCUAUCAUUUCAAUGCAGCUUUGUCUACGUAUGUGAGCACGUGGUAGAAUUUACAGUUCGAUACUACAGAGAGACUUGACGAUGAUAAAGGGAGAUGUGAAUCGUCAUCAUUAUUAUAAUUAUUAUUCUUAUGAUUAUUAUUGACAUAAUUUUUUCCAAGCCCAACGGAUUCAGAACACACUGGCAUUAGGUUAACGAAUGUUUUUUUUCUCAAAGAUCGUGUACGCGUUUGAUGGUACACAGAGUUAUAUGGAAUAGUGUGUCAUGUAUGUCUGAGUGUGUGGGUGUAUAAGUUAAGGAAUUCUAUCAGUUAUGAUCAUUACUAUGAAAAACGAAAAAGUAUGUAAAGAGUUUAAUAAUACUUACUAAUAAAAUAAAAAGAAAACAAAAAAACGCAUAAAAGUAUAACAACGUCAA